UAAUGAAGCUAGAAGUAUUUUUAGGAGCAGUUGGAGAAGGUAGUUUUUGGGAGAGAAAAAAAGCCUACGGCAAUGCGUUUCUUUGGAUUGGUUUUACUCAUUUUGGCCCAGCUGAGCGCUGGUCUUGGCUAUUCUUUGCAGAGAGCUAACAAAGCAGGAUGUGCAUUCAACUUGGACAUUAGCUCACCCACUUUUCCUCCUCAUCUAAUUGAUGGCAAUAAGAAAAUUGUAUUGCCAGUCAUAGAGGGCACAGCCAGAAUCAUAAACCUAAGCGAAGGCCAGCAAGUUACAGUUAGCUGUCUGGGAACCGGAAAUUCACUGCUUGCGACUGGCUUGCAGCUGAAUCCGGCCACAUGCAUGGCUAGUUCCAAUUUGCAGCUGUCAGACGGAACUGAGUUCUCUUACGGUCAAUUAGGUUGCCUUAAGCAAAACGAGGAAACCUUGAUGGAACAAGGAACAUGCGCAAAUGGACCAGGAACGUUUAUUCGAAAUGGAUGGGAAUUUGGGGCCGAUUUCGUCCCUUUGUUCGACAUGUGUCACGAUGAGGUUUUGGCUUUGAAUUACUAUUCCAUCGACACCGUAUAUGGCCGCUCAGCAAAUGCGGAUGACAAGACUAACGAACGGCCGUCUUUCAGCCAAGACGUCUAUUACCCUGGUCUGAGUGUUAACACACUCUACACGCAAGCAGAACAAACCAACACGAUUGCCAUGAUAGUUGGCUCUCAAGAACUGGCUGCCCAAUACAUCAGACCGAACACGGAAUAUUAUUUGUCGCGCGGGCACAUGGCUCCGGACGGAGACUUCAUUGAUGCUGCUAGCCAAGAUGCUAGCUACUAUUUUAUGAAUACGGCACCUCAAUUUCAAACAUUUAACAACGGAAACUGGAAAUAUUUAGAGAUUGGCGUCCGUGAUGUAGCACUUGCGCGUCAACUUGAUCUAACGAUUUACACGGGAACGUUUUCUGUCAUGACACUGGCUGAUAUCAACGGUGUUCAGCAGCCUAUUUACCUCGCAUUCGAUGCCAAUAACAACGGUUUACUGCCAGCUCCAAAAUAUUUCUGGAAAUUAAUCCAUGAACCCAUCUCAAAUACUGCCACUGCUGUUAUUGGAAUUAACAGUCCCUAUUUAGACCCUGUGAUGCCAGAAGAUAUCAUAUGUCCCGAUGUGUGCGAUCAAAUUCCUUGGGUGAAUGAUGCAAUUUUCCAAUUGACAAAUAUUGCUAGAGGUUACACAUUCUGCUGUACUGCCGCUGAGCUUCACAAUGCUGUCAGUUUUGCUCCGAACAUGGAUGUACCUCUUUUUAUUUAAUCCCUGGAUCUGGAUCUAUUGGAGUCAGAAGACAAAAAAACCCCUUAAAUAAGCCAUUAAAAAAUAAAUAAUAAUCAACACUAUGCUAUUAGUUUUCCAAAUAAAUUUUAGGAUUUUUACGUUCAACUCUAAAACUAUUACACUCAUUGAACAAUAAAUUUGAUUUCCGUGAUA